AUGCCUGCUGCGCGCCCAAAGAAAGAGUCUACCCCUUCUUCCGAUGACGGCUUUCAUCUUCCGCAUACACACGCCGAAAACAGCAAUACCCUCAAGAAAAGACUAAAUACCUCUUCAUCCCGCUUUCCGCACCUUGUCCUGUCUUUCACUUUGAUUCAAGACAUUCUCUAUGCGCCAAUCCCAAAGUUUGUCUCGUUAGUUUUUAUCAGAGAUCCACUCACCUUCUCGUCAGGUUGUGAUGCUUGCAGAGCCCGUAAAGUCCGGUGUGCAAGAGAGAAUCCUGAUGAUCCAAAACAGUCAUGCAAGCAUUGUAUAACUUUGGGCAUUCCGUGCACCUACGAUUAUCAGCCAAAGAAAAGAGGGCCACCGAAUCUGUACCUCCGACGCUUGCAGGAGGCGGCUGCUGCAGCAAGCGACAGCCCUACUGAGGUGGACCCAUCACCUGUAUCCGCGAGAUCGAGUCCACCACACAGCGUCGGUGCUUCACACCGUGGCUCAAGGAGUCCGCCAUUUCUUGAACCAUGUGUUCCUACAGUUCCAUCUGUCCCUCUCGCGCCAUCGCAUUAUUCUACGACCGCCGACACAUAUUAUUCUUCCCAUAAUUCGCGCUCUUCGUCAUAUAACAGUUCUCACUCGUGCGAGUCCGCAAACGGUGCCAAUCUGCUCCAUUCCCACAUGUCACCGAAACACGAGUCACCUUUCACCUCACUAGAUACGUUUGGCUCAUAUCCAAUGUACGAUUGGUCUUUCAAGCAGCCUCAAAUGCUUCCAAUCUGUCCGCCUUCUACGGUCCCAGCCAUUAACUACUACUGUAGGCCCAGGCGACUCGAGGAAAUUGCACCCAGAGACACCAUCUCUCUCAUCCUUGCUCUUUUCUUCGAUUUCGUUUAUCCUCUUACGCCGUGCAUACAUAAACCCUCCUUCAUGGCGGAUUUGCAAGCACGCCGAGAAGAACAAGAUCCUCUCUUUUUUGCCUUGGUCAUGUCAACGGUAGCAUCUACACUGGUUCAAGUCCCCAGAUCAUAUCUCCCGAUGGAGCGUUCUGUUGUUAGGAAAUUAGCGCAGACUUGUUACGAAGCUAGCCGUCACAUUACGGUGGCUACAUAUGACCCGACCUCGAUGCACGUGGCGAUUCGAUACCUUGACUGCGUUUAUCAUUUCUGUGAAGGAAACGACGCCACGCAGCACGCCUGCUUUGGCGAGGCCGCACACAUAGCUAUCACCCUUCGGAUGCACGAAGAAUCGUCUUAUGAAGGCCUUGACCUUAUAGAGAGUGAAGUGCGACGAAGGAUAUUUUGGCUUCUCUUUGGAGCUGACAAGUCAAUGGCAAUCCUUCUUGGACGACCUAUUUGCUUGCGUGACGAAGAUUGUACUGUCCACUUCCCUAAGGAGUUGGAUGACGAAUAUAUUACGCCCACCGCCUACUUGCCGCAGCCACACGGGAAGACUGCUAUUUUAUCCGGUCUUAACUAUUGCUCAAGAAUUUUUGCCCUUCUUGGAGAGAUUCUCGUUCGGAUCCGAGUCGAUAAACGCUCUCCUCCUCGGGGCCAAUUUGCCACCGCAAGGCUCGAGGAGGUAGAGUCGCUUCAUAUACGAAUCAUGGCUGCCCUAAGCCAUGUCCCGGAACCGUUGCGAUUAAAGCCAACAAGCUUUCACCGACACGUCCCUGUUGAAUAUGGCGGUGCUGGUUUUCGCCGGACGACCUUUGCCGAAGUAAAAGACUUCUUCGACAAUCCCAACGCAUCUCGGGUCAAUGCUCUGAACCCAUUCCUUGUUAUGCAGGGAAAUCUUUACGUCACUCAGCAACUGGUCCGCUUUGUCAUCGAACAAUAUCGGGACGAGCUUCUCAUGUCUUUGCACGGGAACCUUGAUGAACAACAUGUUGCUCAGGAUCGUGAGGCAGUUGCGAGCAAUUUGUUGAACAUUCUACACAGUAUACCCAUCCAAUCCAUCGCGACGAAUGGCCCAAGUUUGGUACACAAAGUUCGAUUUGUGGCAUCGACAUUGCUUGAUGCCGUUCGCAAGGCCGAGACAGCGCCAGCAUCGGCUGCCCGAGCUCACGCCUAUCUUUGGGACUUCCUAAGCAUUUUAUCUGAAAUUGAAAGAAAUUAUUUGUUAGAUGACGGCACAGACGCCACCUCCAGUGGAGAUGGAAUGACCCUGGUCGGAUAA